ACAGAAGCGCAGUAGUGCAUCAGAUCGUGCAAGACAACAACAUCUACAGCGAUACUUUAGCUUUGGUUAACCUUUAGCAGAAAACAUGUCAACCAGCUGCGAAGCUUCGUCGACCUGCCCGAUUCCAAGCCGCUCCAUCCAUGAGAAGAGCUGGUCGCAUGUCCCAGACUGCUUCAGUCAGACUCCAGGAGGAACUGUGUUUUCAACAACUCCCGGUGGGACUCGGAUCACCUAUGAUCGAAAGUUUCUCUUGGAAUGUCGAAACUCGCCGAUUGCACGCACCCCACCCUGCUGCCUCCCCCACAUUCCGGGGGUCACCACACCCCCAGGGCAACCCCAGGCUAAGCCAGCAGAGCAGGACUACGAUAGCAAGGAUUUCUCUGUUGAUGACAGCCAGUUUUUGAUGGAUAUGUGAUGGAUGUCUCCAGCUCCUAUGGAAAAUGGACUGUUUCUGCCUUUUCUACCAGUGCUCAUGAUCUGGGAAAAGAACACACCAACUGUGGAUUCCUGUGUUAUUAUGAUAUUUUCUUUAUCUUGAAUAAUGAAAUGCUCAGAGCAAGUGGCUCUUUGCUGUGGAAAUGAGCAUUUGGAGUUUGGUGGAAGUUGAGGUGAAAAUUUGCAAGUUGUAGCCUCUGCUGUUUUGAGGUUUAAUUUUCAACAGCUACAAUUCAGUGCCUUGUUCUACAACCAUUCUGAAAGUUACUGUAUGUAAUCUACAUUUUAAUAGUUAAAAGUCAGCUCUUUAUUUUUGUAAUGGGAUUUAGUGACUAAAUGCAACUCAAACUCCUUAAAAGUCAUAAGCCAGAAAUCAACUGUUUUUGUACUCUGGAUAUAAUAUGAACAUUUGGAAUAAAAUGCU